UGUUGACAGUUGACAAAUUCUUGUAGUGCAACUGCAUCAAGAGAGGAAUUUGUCAAGAAAAUUUUAAAUUAUAAUUAAAUUAUUUGUGUUAUAUCACUUUCAUGAUUGAAAACUAGGGCUACAGUUGUCACUUUAACAGUUCUAUGUCGGAUGUGCGAGCUUUGUUGGAGAGCCACGACAAUAUCGCUCUGUCUCACCUGAAGGGCCAAGAUAAUCUUAGCAUGAGUAACAAUACUAUUUCGAAGGUAGUUGGCCUGAAAAAAGCUCCGAAUGAACCUCUGGGUUUCACGGUAGAACGAGACGAAAAUGGGAAUCUAAUAGUUGCAAGAAUAUUAGCAGGUGGAACUGUUGAACAGAGAAACCUCCUCAAACCAGGCGAUGUGAUCCUCGAAGUGAAUGGUUUUGCAAUCUCCUCUCCAGAGGAGCUUCAGACUGAAGUAAAUCGGGGCAAAGAUGUUAUUCAGUUUCGAGUUGCACCAGCUGCAGACAACGUCAACUUACCGAAAACUCAGCAGGUGUACAUGCGAGCACUGUACGAUUAUAAUCCAAUGGAAGAUACCUUGUUACCAUGCCCUGAAAUUGGACUAGCAUUUCAAAAGGGUGAUAUUCUUCAGAUCCUCAAUCAAAAGGAUCCAAAUUGGUGGCAAGCUAAGAAAGUUAAUUCAGACCAGCCCGCUGGAUUGAUACCAUCUCAGGAGUUGGAAGAAAGACGCAAGGCAUUUGUCGCUCCAGAAGCUGAUUAUGUUCAUAAAAUCAGUAUAUGUGGGACUCGAAUUUCAAAAAAGAAGCAGAAGAAAAUGUAUCAAACAAAACAAAAUGGUGAAUUCGACAAAGCCGAGUUGAUAUUGUACGAAGAAGUUACCAGAAUGCCUCCGUUUAAAAGACACACCUUAGCCUUGGUCGGGUCUCAGGGCGUGGGAAGGCGUACUCUGAAAGGGCGUUUGAUCAACAGUGACCCUGAGAAAUUUGGAUCUGUCAUUCCAUUCACAUCUCGACCAAGGAGAGAGUAUGAGGAUGAUGGGAAGAACUAUUGGUUUGUCGACCGUGAAUUGAUGGAACAGGAAAUUCGUCAGCACAAAUUCCUGGAAUACGGGGAACAUAAUGGUCAUUUGUACGGCACAAGUAUUGAUUCAAUCUGGGACGUCAUUAAUCAAGGGAAAAUGUGUAUAUUAGACUGCAGUCCUGCUGCCUUGAAAAUUUUGCACAACUCUCCUGAUUUCGCCCCAUUUGUUAUUUUCAUCGCAGCACCUGGAAUGGAACACCUCAAAAACUUGUAUGAUUAUGGAGCUAAUUCUACUAAUUUGGGGUAUUCAAGUAGAAAUCUUAAUUUUGAGCGCCAGAGCUCAAUCAGAUAUAGUUCUCGCCGUGCACGAACCUUGGAAUCUUUGGCAUCAUUGUAUGAGGAAGAAGAUUUACGUCGCACACUUGAAGAUAGUGCCUGCCUUCAACGAGCUUACGACAAGUACAUUGACAUGACAAUCGUUAACGAAGAUUUCGAUCAGACGUUCCGGAAAGUCCUGGAAGCCUUAGAAACUUUGAGUGUUGAGCAUCAGUGGGUCCCUGUCAAUUGGGUGUAUUGAUGGAAGAUCUUAUCGGAUGUAACUGAAAAAUUUUCAACGCCUCUUAUCACAUUAUAUGUAGCAUCGAAUUCUCAUUAUUAGCAAACUGUUAAGCUUUGAUCUCUAGUUUGAUCGGUAGUCUUUUUAUCAGUUGCUUUGCAGUAUUAUUUGCACUAUUAUUAUAUCUACGCCCAAAGUGAGAAACUUGUAUAUCCGAUUGUGAAAACUAGUUGACGUAAUUUCAUGAAAACUUCCUUGAUUAUUUUUUUAUGUCAGCAGAAUAUUCUCUAUCAAUUUCAAUCUAUAACUUUGGCUUAUUUUUCUUCGAUAAAAUAACAUAGGAGCGGAAUGUUUGAAUUACUGCGAUGGAGGUACAAGAUUUUGUACUUUGGCCAUCGAUAUUUGGAUCAACUUUGCUCUAAAGAUUCGUUCAACUGUAUCAGAGCGCUUCAAACACAAGCAAAAUUUUCGACUUUUCUAUGACUUGACUGUGAUAUGGAUGGCAUUCAAAGAGAACCAGUGCAAUAUCAGUGUUUUCAAAAUCGUGCAACCUCUUCAAUUCUUUAACAAAUGCUAAAUGUAUGUACAGUACUAAAAUUUACAAGAUUAUCCUCCCAUGAAGUUAGCAAUUGAUUGGUAGGGAAGCAAGAAUUAUUUGCCAUUUUGGGAAAUGUUUAGAAUACCCACAAAAAUGCAUGAUUUUUACAACACUGGACUCAUGCUGGUUCCCUUCUGCUAAAUGCAAUCCAUAUCCUGUCGCAAGUGAACUUGCAUCCAUCAAGCUGAAAGUGCAAUAAACUGCAGUGUUAUCUUUGUCAAGUGUGGUUUAUUAAUUGUAUCAACAGCCUGAGGAUUUUAUAUUGAAAUGACUUGAGAUCUGUCUUAUCAAUCAGUUUUGCGGCUCCAAUAGCUGCCAUUUUGUGGCCCAUGAUAUUUAUUACCCAUGAAAAAAGAAUUUAUUAAGUCCUAUAGGCUUUUGUUCCUUUGAAUGACUUGCAAGUUAAAUCAAAGGAGGCUGCAAGAGUAUUGAUUGCUCACAACAAAGGACUAUCUGCAUAUCACGCCCUUUCUGGCACCCUAAAAUUCUGAAAGGCGUCCCCUUUUUUUAUUUCAUUUUCUUUGUGAGUUAAGCAUUCCAAGUCUUUCCAAUUUAUGUUGUUUUUGCCUUGUGACACGGUAGCUAUAGAUGGAAAAUUGCUGGCUUUUCCGCGAGUUCUGAAGAAAGAAAAUCCAUUUUAAGUCUCAAUGGAGAAUGUGAGAAUGAUGGUUUUGUCUUGAUCUAGAUCCUACAUUUGUACGCACAUUAUCAGAAAUCUUGUACUGCUAAGCUCCAUAUAUUUGUUGUAUUUGACAGCUUGCUCAAAGCUAAGAUUUUUAACCACCUCUAUUCUAAAAUGAGAUGAUUUUACAUUGAUACUCUUGUCCUCUACCAUGCAAGAAAGAAAAUAAAGAGAAAGGAAAAUGAGAAACGGUUAGGUUAAGUUAAGACUGUACACUGCAUACCAUUUCACAACAUUCUUUUGCCAUUAUUUUACAAAGAAAUUUUGGCUUUUAAAAAAUUAAUUCGAUAACUGCCAUUCUAUUUUUGCAAAUUUGAGUUGUAAAUUUUAUUUUCAAAACCAGAAAUUCCUUCACCAAGGAACAUAACAACUUGAAGUUGCUAUUUUUAUUUAUGUUAAUUUUAUUGUUGGGUGUAUAUGCUUUUUUUUUACUCUAAUAUAUCUCAGAGAAUUGAGUAUGUUAUGCAUGUGCAAGUGCCUGAUUAAUUAUUACUAUGUAUUAGCCUUGGAGGAUUUUUCUUUCGCCACCCUUAAUUAAAUUAUUUAUGUCUGUAUCGACAAAGAAUGAAGAUAUCUAGGUUAUGAUAAAUUUUCAAUCGCACUGAUUUUAUCGACAAGAAUUCUGAAACAAAAUUUUAUCUAAACCAAAAUACAUAAACGGUAGGCCUGUAACUUAUGUUUUCUCUCGAUGUUGAGGUAAAAUUAUUAAUCUUAGAAGUGACUCAGCUAAGAAUCUCAUACAAUUAUUUGUGCUCAUCAGCGUUUCAUGUAAAUUGAUAAUGAACAUCCACUAUUACUUUCAAAUUCCCAUAAACAAUGAAAAGGGUGUAGAAAAGAGCAUCACUCAGUUGCAAUGUCUCAGAACCUAUACUGCUAAUAUGUAUUUUAGCAAGGGAACUAUGCGUAGAUUUUUUGAAAUUUUCUCACAAGAGUUUGUAAAAUCAUAAAGAAUCUACAGCAAAAGUUUCAACACAGCACUUACAUUUUCUUUGACUGAAAGCAUGUAAUGGUAGAGAAGAUUCUGAGACACAACUAAGUAGUGUCCUUACCCCACCGAGUGCUUCAAUUUUCCUAGGAUAAAUAUAUUUUUUCUACGUACAAUAAGAAAAUAAAAAGGAAGCUCCAAAGAUGAAUCUCCAUAACUACAAACUUAAACUCAAAAUUUAAUUUUUUUAUCAUGAGAAUCUUGUUUGGCACUGAUAGUGUUUCAAUUUUCUAUUCCAAAAGUCACGGAUGAUUUAAAAUCUCUUGUUUUAAACUAAAAAUCUCUAGCUUGCAAUUUAUAUUUUAGCAAUAGCUUAGAUUUGUACAAAAUCUGCUGAUUUCAAAUACUCACAAUAUAUUUUUUGUUUUCCUUUAUUUUUUAUAUACAUAUAAUUACUUUAGCGGUCGUAGUUGAAGUUGUUUUCAAAAUUUUGGUGCCACUAGCUGCAUCUUUUAUUUUUUUCUAAAAGGUUUAGGUUAAUUUUCUUUUGUCUUUAAUCUUACAACGCUCUUAGAGCAGAGUUUUUUGAACCCAUUAAAUUAUUUAAAAAAUUACUUAGCUAUUUGUUGUGCAAUAAUCGUCCUGUUUAGAACUCUUAAAAGAUGAGUCACUUAAGCACGAAACAUCUGUUGUAGUUUCACAGUUAUUGUACAACAUGGUUUCAAAAUAUUUUCAAAUCAAUGAAGCAUAUUUUUAAAGUAUUGUAUGAAUGGGUUUAGGUUAGUUACACUUGAAGCAUGAUCAAUGUAUUGUUAGCCAAAAAGAGGGUAAAGUCUUUAAUAUUAAUGUACCAUUGGAUGAAUCAAUCAUAAUCACUGCCAUAAAAGCAAUUUUCAAAGUUUAAUAAUUAUUGUGUUGAUGCCUUUUGAAUUCAAGUAAGUUCUGUUAGCAUAGAAAAAGCUUAAAUUAACACUACAUUCUACACUUUUUAUGGGUCACAGUGCUCGAUCAUAAACAUAUCAGUGUCUUUUCAUCCUGCAUUUUCAGUGAAAUUAAAAGUUAAGAGUGAUGUUUUACCAUUAAAAUUUUGCUCCAGAAGUAUCAAGAUUUGAGGUGCAUUGGUUUUUUCGUGAUUGGGCUUUGUGACCAAGAAAUGAGUGAAUAAUGUACGUGUUGCUCAGACAGAGCGUUGGUGACUUUGCCAACGAGGGUGAAAUUUUAGUAUAUAAUUGAUAUAAUUAGAAUAUAAGUUUUGUACUGGAAUUUUAAGCUUGUUAGCAAAAUCACCAAAUUUCUCUGUGAAUUAUGUGCAUUAGUGUCGCAGAUCUUAGACAGAGAAUGCGUCUCAAAACCAUCUUAUAUUUUUGUUCAGUUUCAGUUUUAUUUUUAUUCAGAUUUCUCAAUUUAUAUUUUGUGUUCGUGCAAUGUAUUUUUAUUUGCACCCAUAUUGGUGCGCUAUUCAAUUAAUCAACUAUUAUACGAUGUACCGAUUAAAUGCCUCGCAUUAUGAUUUACAAUUUGUGUGUAUGGUUUCAAGGUAUACUCUUGCAAAAGUUCUGUGUCAGUGCACAAAUUUUUUUAAUGGUUCUUGAUCUUGACAUCUGUGAGGACUUCUGCUAAGUACCAACACUCAAAGACAAAAACCUGAGAACCCUGUUUGUCAUGAAGUCAAACAGGUAUCGAUGCGGAGCACUUAUUCAAUUCCUAAUUUGCCUGUUUAGAAGAUGAAAAAAAAAAAAAAAAAAAAUGUUUGGUGACUUUUAUCUCUCAAAAAUGUUGAAAAUUUCUUAACAAUCAGACUGAGAUAUGAUCUGAAAUCAUUAUUCCGUCCUUUUUUGUCAAUGAUUCAUUAAUUAUUUACUUGUAAUCCGUCCGAUUAUUUAGUUUAAAUUGUCCGGUUUGUCCAGUCAGUCUUUUGAAAACUGAAAAGUAGAGGAGAUCUUUCCACUCCUUACCAUUUAUUUUUUAAAAUUAGCUUGUAGUUUGAUUCGAUCCUUUGUCCGUCCAUCUUUUGUGUAUUUAAAAUUUAUGUUAGUUUAUUCUUUAUUAUAAAAAUAAAAAUUCUAUACAAGCCUU